AUGAAUUUUUUAAAACUAUUUAUCGACUCCUAUUGGACAUCACCGACCGAUCAACUACUACACAUUUUCAAGAAAUCAAACAAAGAACUAAAAUCCGAUGAAGAAAUCGUGAAAAUCGUCGAAGAAUGGCUCAAACAAAAAAACUACUCUGCUUCUGAUUGUUUCGCCAAAGUUCUAGAUUACUAUCAAUAUCAACACCACCCUAGUAAUAAAAAUAAGUACCAAUACGCAGCAUUACUCGCGUUUUUGUAUCGUUGGGGAAUCGGUACAAGAAUUGACCCCCAAAAAACAUUUUAUUGGUACACAGUGGCAGCUGAAAAAACACGAGAUCCACUAGCACAGAAUGAACUUGGAUGGUGUUUUAGUGAAGGAUUUGGGACGAAACAGGAUCAUAAAGAAGCAUUAAAAUGGUUUAUGAAAUCUGCUGAGUCAGGUAAUGCUAUCGCAGCAAUGAAUUUAGGACAAUGUUAUUUUUAUGGUGAUGGGACAUCGAUGGAUGAUUCGAAAGCAUUGCACUGGUACGAAAUUUCUGCGCGGAGAAAUUAUUUAAAUGGGCAAAUUCAACUUGCACAAUUCUAUCGUUACGCUUCGAAACAAUAUCGAAGCGCACGUCUAGCAAAACACUGGUACGAAAAAGCAGCGAAGUCAGGUAAUCCAGAAGCGCAAGUAGAAAUAGGGUACUGCUACUACCACGCUAUCGGUGUUAACAAACAGCUAAAAGAUCACGCAAUAGAAUGGUACAAAAAAGCCGCCAAACAAGAUUACCCACGUGCGCAAGCACUGCUUGCUAAAUACUAUGCACACUCGAGACCCAGUCUAUCGUUUGAGUAUUAUCGAAAAGCUGCGAAUAACGGAUACCCACAUGCGAAAAAACGGCUUGCCGAUUGCUAUGCCCAAGGAUUCGGGUGCCCUAAAGUUGAUCGUGUACGUGCAUUCUAUUGGUAUCGACAGUGUGCUACGAAUCAUAAAGAGGAUCAUGGGCGGGCAGCUUUGAGACUGGCGAAAUGCUUUGAUAAGGGAUAUGGAGCACAGUUGGAUCUGCAUGAGGCAAUUAAGUGGUUUCGUGUUUUUCAGGAGAGUGGGGAGAUGAGUCUUGAUGAUUCUAAAUGGUGUAACCAAUUUUGGCUCAAACUGCAAUAUGGAAAGGUCGACCAAUAG